AUGAGUCUAUCAAGUUUCAAAGGGGCUUUCGUUGGGUUUCUCCUCAUUCUCACUUACUCAAAUAUGGUACUUGAUAUUAUCCUAAUUACCAAAGUCCGACAUGGUUCCGAUGUUCGACCACCAGCCGUCAUAGCUCAUCUAGUCGCUGUUAUCUUACAAAUGCUUUGGUGUUUAUACUAUCUCAUUAGAGGAGGUGUGGGUCGAAUAUUGAUCGCUUCGAACGUUUUGGCAGUCACUGUCUUCUUUUGGUGUUUCGAAUUUGCAUGUACAGUAGCGUACACUACUUUAAGACAUCAUUCACAAUAUUGCGCUCCGACAGCUAUCAAUGCGGCUGAUUGUUCUGGCGUACUAAGGGGUGUCGAAGGUCUAGGCUGGUCAUUGAUCGGUGCAAACCUCAUCUAUAUCAUAUUCCUCAUUGCACUCGUUUCCUCACAAGGAACUUGGAAUUCCGAGAUGAACCAAAUACCUUCCAAGAAGUCAUCUACGGUGGACGUGGAAAGAGCAGAGGCAUAUUGA